UAGGAUGGUUUCCUUUAGAAAUUGAAGAGAAAAGCGGAAAUAUUGGUUCUAAUAAUUGAUAGAGUUGUUAGUUGAGACUUUAAAUGUAAUUGGCAAUACGUGCGCUACAGUGAUAUGAUUGUUUCAAAAUAAUACCACAAUACAAAAGUGCAAUUGUAUUAAAGCAGAUUUUAUUCAUUGUAAAAACCUAAGCCUCUAGGGAAUACAUUAAUAUCGUUCUUAAUGGAAUGACGGGUAGCGCGGGUUUAUUGUUUGAAAAUGGAUUAUUUCUAAAACUAUGGAAUUAUUCUGAAACUCGUUUAAAUCCUAAGAGAAUGCGUGAUCGAUUUAUACCAGCGCUAUUAGAUUAUAAGAUAUUGAUACAAAAAUAGGAAGGUGUAUUUCGGUGCGGUCACUGCUUUUACUUUUCAGUUUUAAUGUCCGGAGUAUUUGAUGAACAACUCGACAACAGCAAAUACUUCCAUGAAGUUUCCGGUUAUACACAUAAAUGACUGGCAACGCUGAUACGCAUUACAAAUAGAUGUCCAGGGGAUUUAAUCUGCGUGACACUUCCUGCAAAGGAACAUAAAUCGGACCUGGAAAUGGAAAACAUUAUCUAAGGCUUUACAUGUCAAAUACAGACAAGUAAACACAACGAAUGGUCGACAAUUGAAACGGUAAUACUUAUUCCGCUCAAGGAAAAACGUUUUAGUUUCGACAAACACAUAUUUCAACAGCAGAAAAAGAAAGACCAUACACGGUUAUCCUUAGAACGUUUGGUCGACCUCACACAGAGCAUGUGUUUAUGAAAACAAAAUGUAAUGAAUGGACAUAUUCGGAGAAAAUCUCUUUAAUAAAGUGGAGUCGGGAUUCUAUCAAAUAGAAAUGUCAGGUCUUCCGCAUUGAUAUAAAAAAUGCAGUAUAUGUAUGUGAUUGAAAUUGAACUUCGCCACCAAUCGUCUUAGACAAGAGCCGUUAUAAUGCCGCCCGCCACCAGCCUCCAAUUCUUCCGGAAGAAGCAGUCGGUGGAUCAGUUUGGUCUGGAGCGACCACAGUCACUUCCGAUCUUUCGGGACUGUGUCGCAAAGGAGCUUGUUUCGACAGAGAGACGGAUAGAACUGUUGCGGCAGUCUUAUUAUGGACCAAGCAAUGAAGUUGAACAAGAUAUCAAGAGAUGGCUUGACCCACUUUCAAGAGUUCUUAGCGAAAACAGGAUCAGUUAUUUCCUGUGCAAAUCUCAAUUGGACGAUGCUGUGUAUAAAUUCAGGCGCUCUGAGGGGGAUCCAACUCUUGCAAUAGAUUUUGACAAAGAAGCUGUGAAAAUUGUCAUGGAUAUUGUGGAUAGAGUGAUGAAUGAUUUGAAAACAGGCUUUGCUGAUAUCAUAAAAGAGCUUAAAACAUUUACUGAAUACAUGUGGAAAUAUUGCCUCAGCUUUUCUAGUUCAGAAGGUGAUAUUUAUUUAGACACUGCGCUGAAUUAUGAGAGACAAAGAAAAGAGUUUCUGCAAGCUAUUAAUUUUAAUUUGAACGACAUUGUCAAUAUGGCGGAACAAUUUGAAACUAAAGGAAUGCGCGUGCAGGAUUUAGGAUUUGUAGCACGUGAUCUUGCAGAGCGUUGCAAGGCAACGCACGCUCCCUUUUUAGUUAUUAUUCCUCAGGCGUUUGAAAAUUUGAAAAAUGCGAUUGCAGGAAUACGUAAAUGGCUAGAGGCGGACGAAGGUUAUGCGGAUUUUAUUCAUUAUGAUGUUAGAGAAAUGGAACAAAAGAAAGAUGCGCACGAGAAAGUUACAAGAGAACUGCAGACAAAAUGUUCAAACAGCGAGCACAAGUUAAAAACUGCCCGAAGACAUUUAGCAGACAUUGCAGCAGAAGUGAAAAGUUUCGAAGCGCGGGAAGUGGUUUUGCUAAAAGAAAAGAAUGAAGUGUUAAAACAGUUGAAAGACAUUCAAGAUAAUAUAGAGAUCAAAACAUAUAGAAAAGAAGAAAUGAAACAAAGGCUUGAGGAGUUGAAAGCUUAUGAACUGGACAGCUUCAAGCAAGUUGAACGUGAUAUUACUGAGCUGAAUGACAAGAAACCAGUGUUUAACAGAAGACUUGAAGAUAUCAAUAAGAAAUUGGAAACUAUUAACGAAAGGAAGCAACAAAUGACCCAACGGGAGCAUCACGUCAUAGAUACCAAAGCGGAAGUUAAGCGCUUAAAAAAGGAGUUCCGGAAGUGCGAAGUUGAACAGGAACGCAUUGAAGGGAACCUGAGCCGCUUGAGGGAGAUUCUACGCUACAAGACCGCACCGGAAGUGCUCAAGAAAAUAUUUCAUGGGAUGCCUCUUACCGCAAGACACGUGGUCAACAAAGGGAAACGCCCUCUUAUGGACAAGCUGGAGCGUUCCUGUAAAAUUACGGCGUCCAAUAUUGACCACGAUUGGUGCAAGUUGUACCGAGCUUUACCGUUCCAUCCACCCAGGGGAGAGGAGACGAUUUCAAACGAUAUUGACGAGAUCAAUAAAGAAUAUAUGAGGACACUGAGCGAGGAGAUGUGCAGACAAAGUUUAUGGCGCUGGCGGAGAAUGCAUACAAGAGCCAGUCUGGAAGACUUAAAGAAGGCACUACUUUCAAUACGGCGGAAGGAUAUUAUUGACCUCAUUGAAGAAGAUAUAAUGCGGCGAGCAAGUAAACCCAACAUUCCAUCACCUGCAUUUAGGACUGUCAGAUUUCCGAAACUUCAUACAUAGCUGUGACUGUUACAAGUGUAUAGACUUCAGUGAUGAUUUAUUACAAACUCUGGUUUAAUAAUUAUAAAAACUUUAAAUAGUUUGGAAAUGUAGUAGCUACCAUUAAUGAGAAUCAAAUCUUUCUAUAAGAAGUGUUUUGAGUAAUGAUAGAAUUAUUUUAAUCAUAAAUUCAUUCUUGUUCUUGCUUUUUAUAAAAAAACUAUUUUGCAUUUAUUUACACAUCAUUGCAUUUGUUAUUAGCUAAUUAUUCAGUCACUUUAAAUCCGUUAGUUUGGGACCAUAAGGCAGAUACAAAAAUUUGAGAGCAUGCAAAAUACACAUAGAUUGUAGAACUAAAUAAUCUUUUGACCAAAUUUGUACAUACAAGUGCUACCUCAUAGUUUUACAUUAAAAACUACAUACAUGUUAUAUUAUAGAAGACAUCAAAUAGGUACCGUAUAUACAUGCUGUAUUUUCAUUUCCAUUUAUAUAAAUAUAGUUACAUUCAUGUCUUUCAAAUAGAACUAAUGAAACAUACCAAGUCUGUUCCUUUUUCUUAACAUCCAUUGGUAGAAAUGCUGUUUUGUAAUGAAGGAACAUGACCAUGUUCCUUUUAAAAAAUGAAAGUCGGCCGAUUUUGAUGAAACUUAGUACAACACUUCUCAAUCAAUGGACUCCUAUGUGAUACUUAAAUUUUCAUAAUCAUGACAUCAUUUUUUUUAUUUACAGCUCCUCCUAGAAGUGCAAGUGC